AUGGCUCCUGUUCAGCAAAAGGACGCCAAAAUGAGCGCCGGACAGAAGAAACAACUGUCCAAUGGCAAACGCCCUGACAUCAUCGGGGAUGCGAAUGUUGCCGUUCCGCGUCUGACUCCGGAACAAAAUGCCCAGGGUCAAUCCGAUUUGUACAAAUCGAAGUGGGCGACCCCAGUAGAUGAGUACCAGGCGGCCUGGGAAAACAUACUGGCGGGUAAAGGGGGGCCGUCUGCCAGCCAAAUCACACAGGCGGCAGUACCUGCAGCAACGUCGGGGGCCAAACGACAACCACCAACCUCGACAGACAAGCCCACUGCAGGGAAGCAGGAGUCGAAGGGCAAGCAAAGGGCCACCACCCAGCAACCUUCGACUUCCCCCCAGAAAAUCGACCGGGCGGACGACGGCCACAACAAACCUUCUCAGAAGGGUUCGUCGGGCAAGACUCUCAGCGCCAAUCCACCGAAACCCGCCAGCACCGACAAGAAAAACAUGGCAGUAGGUGAAGGCCCUUCGGACAGCCGUCGUCCGCCGCCUGUUACGAGCCAACAGGCACAACCAGCCACCUCUCUUCCUCCGGCCAGCGAAAAUGACAACGACAACGACGCCGGUUCCGAUGCCGCCAAAAAGCGACGCCGUCGAGGAAGACGUGGCAAGGGGGGCAACAAAGACAAAGACAACGAGGCUGCCGCAUCAGCCAUUGCCCCCCAAACCGCCGGCCAAAGUACCUCCCAGCCAAGUCCAGCAAAGGGAAACGGCCCCAAAGAGUCUGCUGCUGGUGGUGCCGACAAGAAAACCAGCAAGCCAUCGACAAUCACAGCCAGUGCACCACCAAAGACGCCAGCAGCAGCACCUUCAUCUGCUGGCGCAGCUAGAAAAGCAGCAGACUCGAAACUUGCACUGCCAGCGUUGGCUCUACCCCCUGCUCAGCCAAAACAACUGCAGCAGCCGCAGCAAAAGCAACAGCAAUCGCAACCACAGAAGCUGCAGCAGCAGGGGGGAGUCAGAGGGAACGGACAACAAGCACCUCAACACCCAGGUGCUGCGACGGGCAGCUUGGCUACUCCACCACCACCACCACCACCACCAUCCACCACGGUGGCCACCAAUGCCGCCAGUAAGCCCAAGCCUGCCCCCGCCAAUGUUCCCAGAGCCAACGAGACCACUGGCAAUGACCGCAAGGUCGCCGGGACGCCAGCUACUCAACAGCGUCCCGCCGUGCAAGCUCCUCGCUUCGGUCCUUCAGCACCCGCUGGAGGCGCCGCGACCACCGGGGUCGCGGCCAGAAGUAUGGCUGUGCAGAGACCCGCAACCGGGCCAGUCGGUUUUGCGGUGACUGCACAGAACUCACCCGUUCAGCUCGGUUGGUCACCGAACAUGAUGGGUGACUCCCGUGCCCGGAGGUCCGGGGUCAUGCCCCGUCUCGCACCUGGUUGGGAAGGGUAUCAGGACAGAAUCAACGUGUCUGGAGCAAUCCAAGACAUUUACCUGUAUGCUGGAGACAGGUUGGACGUUGAGAAGUUCAAUGCCUACGUUGCAAGCCCCUGCCAUUCGGUAGAAGCAAAGGUCAAUUGUCUUAAGGACAUUGUCGUUACCAUGGACCGAGUCGUGUCGGAGAAGCAUGCCUCGGCCAUGUCCAUCAAAGCGGAACGUGACGCCUUCCGCGACGACUACGACCGGGCAAAAGCGCAAGCCGACGAGUACGCUGAGAGGCUCGCGGCUGAGCAGCUGCAACGAGAGCAACUGGAGGAGCAGAUCGUCAGCCUGCGCCAUUCCGUGGCCGGUCUCCGCAAGGAGGUCGUUACAAAAGAGGGUCAUCUUGACUCUGCCGAGGUGGAGAUUCUCCGCCUCAAGGACGAUCUUGCUGCAAACCACAGUUUGCUCGACAAGGCUGUCUCGAAACAGGCAGCUCAGGCUGCAGAGACAGCCUCCCACCAGGAACAGGUGGCUUCUCUCCACGGCGAGGUGGAGAAGCUAUCUGGCGAGCUCAGCGGCCUCCGGGCCAAAUUCACCCUUGCCGACUCAGAACGCAAGGCGUUGGCGGAGGAGAUUGCCAAAAGCCCGUUGCAGAGCGAAAACGAGCAUCUGCGGUCCCAACUUUCCGAAGUUCGGGACCAGCUCGACUCUGUGAACCAGAUCCGAAAUGAUCUGGAGGCUGAGCGUGCAGCUCACAUCUGCUGCCAGCCUGUGGAGAGUGGCAAUCCAACCUCCGCAACGUUGAGCAUGGAGUUGGAAGGGUGGGGGGUUGGACAGGACUCCCGCUCUCAGACAGACGAAGAGGAUGGCAGACAACGACGAUCCCGUCAACCAUCCCCGCCAGCAUCCAGUGCUUCUCUGUACGGUGGUGGCAACACUGUCUCUACGUCUACCCAGACGGACGAGGUGGAAGUCAUUGAGACUUUCACACAGACUGAAGAAGCGGUCGUCUCUCAACUCGAGGCGUCUACCCAGACUGUCUGCACGGAGGUUGUUACAGCCUCCACCCAGACAGUCUCCGUAGAGGUCUCGACGAGCGAGUCUUCUGCCCAAACGGCCUUGACCGGUGAUGUUCUAUCCCCGGCCGAGGUGGAAGUCCGAGUUGCUGGCGUCUGUCAGAAGGCGCGAACAAAGGAUGCUCAAGUGCAGACAGCCAUGGUUGCCGAAGUCCCUCGAGGCAGAGUUGCGUCGCUGAGGUUUCUCCUCGCCCUGCUCUUGCUUGCCUGGGCGAUGAUCAUGCUGUGGAGCAGAUACAGCGAAAUAUCUGCUUGGGAGGCUGCCAACGACACGUCGCGUGCGACUGUUGCUGGUAUUCGUUCCCAGCAGGUGUUUCCCUGGUCUCUCAUGUCCGAUAAGCUUAGCUACUCGGUCGUUCGGCACUUUGAUAGAGUACUCCCAGGCUAA